UGAGCCGCGAGCACGUGACGCGGCCACCCGCGCCGUUGCGAGGGCGCUCGGCGUCUGGGUAACGGCGUCAGCCACCGCCGUCACCGCCGCCCUCUGCUGAGCGAGACGACUAAUCACUCGACUAAGCGUGCAUUAUAAUUGAUGAUUGCUUUAAGAAUUUUCUUCAGAAAGAAUCCCGCGCACGAUCUUUCUAGGUGUAAUCACUGAAGACAUAUCUUCAUCAUGGAGUGGAGGUCAUAACAGCUGAUGCCAUGCCUAUUGGGGUGACAGCGGAGGGAGGCGAGGUGCGCUCUCAAAAGACGCGUACGCGCAUCGAGGAGGUCCUCAAGUCCUACGCGGGCGGCCAAAUCUCGACCGAGAAGAAAAUGAGAAAGAAGAAAGCGGCGGAGAGCGACGCUUUCGUCCUGGAAAGUCUACGCAGGAGUCUGGACCUGCAGAAGAGCGGCGACAAUGAGGAGACCAUUCUCCACAACACCUACAACCAGGAGCAGCAGAGCCCACGUUUCAACAAGAACAAGCAGCGGGAGCGGGUGCCCACUGCCAAAAAAUCUAGCAAUGUCAUGGCCGAGGACAUAGAGGCCACAGACGCAAAGAUCAAAAAGAAGAAGAAAAAGCCACGGCAGUUGCCGUUGCUCCCUCCAGAUGAGGACGACCCUGGAGGCUACACCACCAGCCAGGUCUUUACAAUAUCGGACAAAAUCAAGGAGGAUAAGCAGCAACUGAUUCUAGAAACCAGCACACCCAGCGAUGACCAGCCCAAGAAGCCCAGAAAGAAAAGAGAUACGAUGACUCAGGGUGAAGAAGUUGUCACGAAGAUAAAAAUCAAGAAGGAGCCGACCCUGAACAACGAGACGAUAGAAGCAGACAGAACCAUGACCCUAGCUGACCUGGACAAUAGCCCCCUGCCAGCGGUUCGGAGGGCAAAGGUUAAGUCGAGGACGCCGUCCAGAGGAAGGGAGGCCCGCACGGCCGAGGCCUCCCCCGAACCACCGGCCCCUCGGCCACGGCGGAGCAGGGAGGGUCGCGCGAAGAGCAGGGCGGCCAUGAGUUCAGAUCGCCCUGACGAGGAGGUCGUCGCACUCACCGAGGAGGGGGAGGAGGCCGAGAGGCGACCGAAAGCCGCCAAGAGGACCAAGAAGAAGAACGCGAAAGCGGUGGCAGGCGGCAAGGAAGCCUCGUCAGCGGAGGUGCCUCAGGAGGCGCAGCGGAGAGAGGAGGACGAACAGGCGUUGGGCGUGGUCGUGCACCGCACUGACCGCCUGGCCUCUGAUCCGCUGCUCGCAUGUGCCCUGGUGCGCGUGUACGUGGUGGACGCUGCCACGGGGCAGCACGUGCACAAGGAGGACAGCGAGCAACCUGCCGCAGCGCCCAGCCAGCCGGGCUCCUCCGACUCGGAGCAUCCUCUGACCACGCAGCCAUGCGACGUGCGCGCUCACCGCUCGCUGCUCCCCGAGUGGGAGGAGCAGGUGGUGUUCAACCACCGUCUCGGCCCAUUCCUCCGCGUCGAGCCCGGAGCUGUGCGCGUGCUGCUGCUCUUCGAGGUGGUGGAUCUUGUGAGCAUGGACGAAACUCAGACCAACUACUCCGCCCUCCAGACAGACAGCGGUGGCCGGCGGUGCCUGGCCUGGGCCUUCCUCAAGCUGGUCGGUGCCAACGGUGCGGUGAACGUUGGCGGAAAGAUGCGCCUGCAGUUGUUCUACCCGCCGGCUCGGUUUCGUCCCACGGCGGGCGUGUUGCCCGUGUACGAGUGGUACGCGAAGCACGCACGCCUGCGCUACCCGGCCACAAUCUACGUCACGGUCAAGGGGCUCCGCCUGCCCUCGCAGCUGGAUCCAUCUGGGCGCUCCAUGAUGACGCUGCAGCAGGAGCAAGGCUCCCGAGCACCAGACGAGCAGGGCUCCGGUGCUGCGUCAUCGCCCGUGCGCGCCUCCCAGCGUCGUGAUGCCCUCAAGUGGAGCCGCCUGCCAGGACAGACCUGCUACAUCCCCAACAAGUUGGCACUGACACUCAAGGUUGGCACGGCCGGCUGCUUCCGCGUGCGCUUCUCUCCGGACGGACGGGCGCUGGCAGCGGCGUGCGUGCACCGCGACAGCCAUCCUGUGUUCGUGUUUGAGGUGCCAUCGGGCCAGCUGUUGAUGGAGCUCCCAGGACACCUGGGUCUCGUGUAUGACCUUUCCUGGUCGCAUGACAGCUCACACCUUCUCUCGGCAUCAUCGGAUGGCACUGCACGCCUGUGGAACGUGGAGGGCCGCGUGCGUGCGGCAGAGAAAGUGCUGCCCCACCCUUGCUUCACGUACGCGGGGCAGCUGCACCCGGGCGCCACCGCUGCGGUGGCCGUGACGGGCGCAUACGACGGCGUGCUUCGAGCCUGGGACGUGGGCGGUGCGAUGGGCACGCGCGACGGCCGGCUCCUGCGCGAGUUGGACGGCCACCGAGGCUACGUCAACGCCGUGUGCUUCGACGCGGAUGGCCUGCAGAUGUUCAGCGGCGACAGCACGGGAGUCGUUCUUGUGUGGCGAACGUUUGUGAGUCAGACAGCGAACAGCAACCCUGUGCGCGACUGGGCCGUGACCAAGGAGAUCAAAGAGCCAGACCUCAAGGGGGUGCCCAUUAACCACCUAUGGGCUCAUCCCAAUGGGCGCAGGCUGCUUGUACAUGCCCGAGACAGCGCCCUGCGCCUCAUCGACGUCCGAGUGCAGGUGACCAGGAAGUUCACGGGGGCCUCGAAUCAGCGCGAGCGCGUGCACAGCUGCAUCAGCCCCUGCGGAACCUUCCUGCUGUCUGGCAGCGAGGAUGGCGUGGCUUACGUUUGGAACGUCGACACGGGGGACCAGGUGGCCAUGUACUCGGAGCUGGGCUACCAGGCUCCCGUGCGGGACGUGCACUUCCACCCGCACGAGCACAUGGUGGCGUUCUGCUGCCACGGGGACGCGCAGCCCGUUCUUGUCUUCGCCUACGACCACAAGGUGGCACAGAUGGAGGCCCGCAGCUACCGCGACGUGCAGGAGCCCUCGUCGGCCGCACCGGGCCACAUGGCGGGGAACUCGCGCGGCCCGCGGUGGCUCGGGUCCACGGGGCCAGCGGGCCCCGCUUCGUGGACGGCCGUGGAGACGCUGGGCCACGGAACUGGCGACGCGGCGGCCGCUUCCACGUCGCUCUUCCCUUCGCGGAUGCAGAGCGUUCGCCGAAAACUCGACGCGGUGCUCACGGACUCUUUGAAGCCAGGAGCAACAAUAGCGGAUUACGACACUGACCGAACAGUUGGCUCGUCAUUGGCGUGGAACAGCCCGGUCCCUCUCUCCGGUGGGGGUCACAUUGCCCAGGGCGGUGGCCAGGGACCGCGGGGCCACGCGUCGCUCGCGCCUUCGCUGCUGUCCCCACACUCGUGGACGCCCGCCUCUGCGUCGCUCGCCUCCCGCAUGAUGCCCAACCCCGCGCACCAGCCAGGUGGCCUCUUCAGCCCAGUGGGGCGCGUGGGGCGGCCCCCGUCCCUGCGGCUGCACAUGAACGAGUCUGGCCCGGGGGCGGCCUGCCUGAGGCUGGAGGCGGAGGGUGACCCCGCGGUGCGGGAGACGGUGGUGGCCCUGUACGACUACACGGCGCGGCGCUCCGACGAGCUGAGUCUGCGCCGCGGCGAGCGCGUCCUCGUCGUCUUCAAGGACAACGAGAGCUGGUGGUUCGGGCAAGCGGACGGGCCCGCCGGCGCUCAGGGAUACUUCCCGGCGAGCUACGUCGCCGAUCAGAAGACCUAUGAGGACGAGGAGAAGUUGGACACGUGGCAGGGAAACUCGGACGCGAGUCGCGACCUCUCCAGCCGCAGCUUGCACAAAGCCAACUUGACGGGCGACGCUGCCAGCCGCUCUGAGGCCGUGCCAGAAGCCGGGACGGCGGACAAACCGAGAGCUACGCUGAGACGAAAGAAGACAGUGGCCAAGUCGGAUUCUCUUUAUCCGGCCGUGCCCACCAAAGGUCCAGAGGUGAUCACAGGAGCCGGUCACUCUCUGGUGGCCGGGGACACCAACCUCGAAGCAGCGGUGAAGAAACCGCGGAAGAAGAAAGUAGCAAAGGAGAGCAUGGACACAGGAGGCAAAACCAACAGUGCAUUUGAUCCUGAGUAAAAUGCCGUGUCAUUUCGUAGCCGUACUCCACGCUAAGUAUGCUAUGUCUGUAUACGCUACGCGUAGACAUAACGGAUGCGCAUUUGCACGUACACUUUCUUAUUACGUAUUCAUCUGUUGGGCGACAAGUCCAUUUCACAGUUUCAGCGAAUAAUAUCCCAGAGGUGGAGGGUGGGUGGCAGUACGAACGUUGUCAUCCGAGUUCGGUUCCCUGCAUUGGCUCACAUCAGUGGUGAAUGAUGUCUGUGCUGGUCAUUGGAAUCCUCCCUUAACCAACCUGCGCUGACCAAGCUUGGUGAAGCAUAUUCAAAUAACACGCCGUGACUGUAGGGCGUGGGUUACGGCUGACAGGUCCAGUAGCAGAGACGCAGGGGAUGUGAGUUUGCUCAUUUGUAGUUUGCACUUGCGCGGGCUGGCUCAAAGAGCGUGGACAGUGUUGGCCUGUGACUGACUUUGUUACUGCGAGGAGUGGAGAAAGCCCCCUUCGUGGGUGACCGAUGUUAGUUGGGAGGCAAGGUUGAGAGAGACGCUUGCACCGAGUGGAUUUUCAAUGAGACCAUCAACUGUUAACUUUGUUAUGAUUUGUAGUCUCCUUUAACCAGGACACGGUUUGUUAAAUGUCCUCAUAAGCUAAUUCAUGUAACUUUUUGUUACAUUUUAAGUACACUAUGUAACGUAUGAGAUUGAGUCUGAAUAAUGAUAACCAGCAAACUUGCGCAAAAAAAAUUAACGCUGUACAGUUUAUGUACUGUCUGUGUGGAACUCUUUUAUAGCCUACAUGGGGUUUGUAUGUUUUCUACACUUUUGUAUUUUAAUUCACAGUACGCCUCAAAAUGUUACGUAUAAAAAAAAUGUGAGCGAUACUUUUAAAAGAUAUAACAGCACUUUGCUUAUUGUUACACCGUGGGAACUAAUUUAUGCUUUGGAUUGUUGAUUUAAUUUUUUUCUAAAAUCAGUAUUAAAAUUUUUGCAGUGAAGCCGAUUCCAAAGCCAUUUUAUAUUUAAUUUUAUUGUAUUGUGCUCAGUAACUUUUGUGUCAAAUUCUUUUAUUAUUAAUAACCCACUUGUUGUUGCUGAGAUCCAUGAUUAAACCUGGAUCUCGAGUGUCAUGAGUUGAUUAGCUCAGACCCUGGUCACUUAUGACCACACACAAAAAAUAAACCUAAAACAUAACAUUUUCGUUUUUUAUUUAGUUUUACUAAAAUCCAGCGCUUAGACUUAAACACAUUCAUAUACGUAUAGGUUUUCCCACCAUGCGAUGGCCGUUUCUCUGUAUCCAGGCAUUUGUGGGAAGGCACGUCAAACAAGUGUGCCUUAAAAAGAGUGAUUGAAAGGCGUCACAAGUCGUAAGUCCGAAAGCACCUCCUGUGGACUGAUCUUUAGCACAUGGUGGGGCAGGGUGGGGGGCCAUGCCUUGCUCUGCGAAUGGACACAUCGGCCUGUGACAAAAUGCCGACAAGCACGAUUUGAAUGAAGUUGGGAGCAGAAAUUAAAUAACACGGUUAUGUUAAUGGCCGUGUUUCUCUAUAUUAGUCUCCGUGUUGACAUGAGAUGCAACUCCUCACUCACUCUUCAGACGUAGUAUUGAGAUUCCACUGCGUUAAACCUUGUUUGAGAACGCGGAGGUGUGUCGACUGUUAAACUAUGAUUAUACAGUGCCAAAUACAGUGUCAUUGAAAUAUCAGGAUAAUUCAGGGGUGGGAAUUUUGGCAUAUCCGUUUUCUGAACAAACCUCAUUUCCAUUUAGACCAAAUGUAGCCUCUUUACAGCUUGUAAUUUUAUUUCAGUGGUCAACUAUUAAAAUUGUAUUGAAACACAACUACUGUAGUGUAUAAUGUAUUUAACUAAAUGCAAAUAGAAGCAUUUGAUCUGUAGUGGUGGUAAGAGCAGUCCUGUGCUGGGCAGUAAACCAUAAACCUUUUUUUAUUUUACCGGGCAAGGCCCACUUAUUCUUGGUUCUUUCGGUAAAGU